AUGUCGGCAGCAGGAAGCCUAGGGACCGGACGCCACCAGCGCUCGGUGAAGAGGAGGAGGUGGGGGGGUCUGAGGCAGCAGUGGAAACUUCUGGGCCUUUUUGAGAUCGAUCAGCAGCACGAGUUCUACAGCCUGACCUGCAUGAUGAAGGAGGGGCUGUCGGCCGCCAUUCAGAACACCAGCAGCAGAGCAGCCCCAACUGAAGCGUCAGACGAUGAUUUCAGAUCAGAGGUUUCUCAGAUUCACAAGGACUUCACCAUGCAGACGUUUGCCGGCCCGGUGUUCUCCGGCCUGCGUGGCUCGUUGGGGAUGACGGAGACGGAGUACGAGGAGUCGCUCUGCUCCGACAGCUGCUACCUGCAGUUCAUCAGUAACUCCAAGAGCAAGGCCGACUUCUUCCUGACAAAUGAUAAACGCUUCUUUUUGAAGACCCAGAACAAAAGGGAAAUCCAAUUCCUUCUGUCCAACCUGAAGAUCUACAUGGAACAUCUGAGGAGGUACCCCCAUUCACUGCUGGUCAAGUUCCUAGGUGUUCACAGGAUCAACGUCCCUCACCGACACAAGAAAUACUUCAUCGUCAUGCAAAGUGUGUUUUAUCCAGAUGAUCGGAUCAAUGCCAGGUACGACAUCAAAGGCUGUGAGGUGAGUCGCUGGACGGAGCCUGCACCGGAGGGGAGCCCGAUUAUUGUGGUUCUCAAAGAUCUGAACUUUGAAGGGCAGCACAUCACACUUGACCGGCAGCGUCCAUGGCUCCUGCGGCAGCUGGAGAUCGACACACACUUCCUGCGGCGGCUCAACGUGUUGGACUACAGUCUCCUCCUGGCACAUCAGAACCUACAGAAGGACGAGCGCCACCAGAGUCUGUCCUUCGCCACGCUCAUCGUGAGGACCAAGAAAUCUGUGAACCCCGGCUCCAGCCCGGCGGCCGUCCCCGGUGAAGUCCCGCAGGACGACUCCAUCUUGCUUUUCUCUGAGGGGGACGGAGGAGGUUUGAUGUCUGCACAAGCAGGAGAAGCAUUGAGCAGUAGCGCGCUUCACACCUGCCCGGGAACUGCUGGGCCAGGCAGCGAUGCCACUGAGCUCCCGGACUUCAGGGCCCAAAACCGACGCCUGCUGCCCAACCUGAAGAACCCUCUGCACGUCAUCGACGGGCCCGAGCAGCGCUACUUCAUCGGCAUCAUUGACAUUUUCACGGUUUACGGUUUUAAGAAGAGGCUGGAGCAUUUGUGGAAGAGGCUGAGACACCCGGGCCGCUCCUUCUCCACCGUCAGUCCACAGACCUACUGCGUCCGGCUCUGUCAGUGGGUCCAGGACCACACCAAGUAGUCUGUGGCUCUGGGCCCGGGCAGCUGCACCUGAAAUGAAACAUGCUUGAUGUCUGCUGUGGAUAAAGGCUGUGUAAGAGAUGAGCUGCUUGUCCUGUGUCCUUGUCCUCUGAGGUUUCACCCACAGACACUCAGAGGUUUCCCUCCAUGUUUAUCUUCAGGCUCCAUCCACAUUACUACGAGUGGGUUUGAAACUCAUGUGCAGACGGUGGGAGUCAGAGUCAGAAGAGACGCUGCUGGUCCAGGUUCAGUCUGAUGGGUCCUUACAGCCUCAGCUACUGGUGAACUACACAACAUGGAGAUUCCUUCACAUGUGUUAACUCUGUAUUUUACAAACCGCUAUCAUGGAGGAGACCAGAUUCAUAACUGGUGAAAUCAGGUUCAGCUGCAGUUCAGUGUUACUACACUAAGUUACUACACUUCAUAAAACACUAUGGACAAACUGCAAUGUAUCACAACACUAUGUGCAGAGGUUUCAAAAGUAUUCCCAUUCAUUACUCAAGUAGAAGUAUAGAUACUAGGGUUUAAAAAUACUUUUGUAGAAGUUGAAGUAUCAACUCAAGCUUUUUACUUAAUUAAAAGUGUAAAAGUACUGGUUUCAAAACUACUUAAAGUAUAAAAGUAAAAGUAUUUGUACUUCGUUACUUGACACCUCUGACUAUAUGAACAACGACACAGGGAUCUUUGCAAUGGAUUAUGGGAUGUUUGGUUCCUUCACACUAAA